AUGGACUUUCGUGCUGAAAUUCCACCGUUGGACCUUUUGUCAGAGAUAUUGUCUUUCUUGCCACAAGGAGAUCGGCUACAAUGCACUCUAGUCAAUCGCCAAUUCAACAGCAUCGCCACAAAACUUUUGUAUCGACGAAUAUACCUUAAUGACUCUAAUGUAGUCAAAAGCGAUGUGAUGAACUUAGCGGUGAAUUGGACGGUACUGUACGUGCCGAAUAGGCUGCCUGAGCCUAUCGCGCGGAAAGUGGCAGAUCGGAAACUACGCAGUUUGAUACGAACGCUACAAUCUAACGAACAUGCCGUGCAGGCUGUUGAAUGGGUCAGAAUCAACUGGGAUCUAAACCCAAAAUGGCAAAAGCAGUUUCUUUUCGUGAUCUGUAACAAAAGUGAGUCUCUGCAACGACUGGAAAACGUAACAGAUCCCGCCUGCAACGACAUUAUUGCGCAUGGUAAAGUUUCUAGCGAAAAACUCACAAGCUUCGACAUGGCUCCACCCAACCCUAACGCAGGUUCCGAAGUAGACCCUUCAUACAUUCCAAAUUUGAAAACCUAUCUUUCGCAAAGGAUCUCUUCACGAAUAACAUACAUGAAUCUUUUCAUAUGUCCCAUUCUACUCUUCUCGUGCUUAUACCCUCUAAGAGACAAACUUCAAAUCGUGGAUCUCAAACUGCAUUGGCGAGUGGAGUUCUAUCAAAAAAUGUAUUUCAAAAAGAAAAUAUCCGAACGCCCCAUUGAGAAGCUCUCUGAUGUCUUCGACGCAAGAAGUCUACAAGUCCUCACAGUAGUUUCUUGGCAUGAAUGCCUCCUACCCAAGGAAUUGGAAAUGCUCCAUCAAUUCCAAGAUUUUACAAACUUAGAGGAUCUAUCUCUGAUUUCCAUCGAACAAGAAACCAAACCUCUGAUAGGCCUGUUCUGUAAACUUAUUAAAUUGAGAAGACUAAAAGUGGACUUUAUUGAGCAACUAUCUUCGCAGUCCACGAAGCCAGAGGUAUUCCUUGCUAUUUUACAUUGCUGUCGAGAAUUAGAAUUUCUUGACAUGAGAUUUGAGGGCCUCGAUGCCCCCAUUGUCGAUGUGGAGAGAGGCGAUUUCAGGCUAACGCAAAAAUGCCAUUGUAGCGCUUGCAUGCAUGUGUUCGACUCCACAUUGCGUCAGAAGCUGUUUGUGUUUCCCGAAGAUUAUGUUUUAACAGAUUUUAGAGACGUGAUGACAAAAGAUAUUUUCCGGAUGAUACGAUUUCACUGCUUGCUCCCGUAUUCCAAAGCCUGUGACUACUACCCAAGCGUGAGAACGUGCCCGAUGGAUAUCGAUAAGUUCGUUUCACUGAUGAAUAAUGACCUGAAGCUUUACAGAGCGAGCCGAUCUCAGCUUGUCAGAGAUCCCGUCACUUCUGAUGAAAGUGACUCUUCAAACGAGACAGGCCAACGAGACAGGCAAACAGACGCAAGCUAUCCAGAACAUCUCCUAGAAAGCGAUGAAGACAACAUGUUCACUGACCUCGUUCUUCCGCACAGACCGCUCACGCGACAAGACGUAAUAGCCUGUUAUCACGCGCUCAUUCACCACCAUAGGAGAACUUAUAUCGCGUUACUGACGCAAUUUCCUAAAUUGAGGUUCUUGGUACUGAAUGAUAUCGCAACUGUGGUUGUAAACGAACAUGAAGAACGCGUACUGCAGCCAGUCUUCUACAAUGAAGGGUUCAAAUCGAAUCUUGGUGGAUGGACUCAGAAAGGAAAGCGGCGCAAGGACUCUAAAGUCUUUGUGGAGAAAUCAGUCUCUUUGGAUGGCAUUGAGUACAAAACAAACUGA